AUGUCGGGCUCGAACCAGCAGGCGGUGGAGGCCCUUCGGUGCUCACUCUUGGGCGACGCUUUCGCCGUCGCCCCACUCGGCUGGCUUCUUCGGAAUCUGUUUGUGGCGUCGAGGUGCGCCGCUGGGCGCUAUUCUGGAGAGGAGCUCGCACGGCCGCUCAAGUGCAAAGACCUGCUCGACGAGAGCGUUGAGUUCGCGAAGGAGCCAGUCCAAGAGCGAUCUGAGAGCCGCGUGCUGAUCCAACUGUUUCAGAGCGUUGGCGGGAGAGGAGGAUCCGACGUUCGCCUUGACGUCGGAGUCCCUUUCAGGCCGAAGGCCUGGCCUCGCGCCAGUAUUGAUCCAUCGCUCUGGAAGUGGAAUAUCAUCCUCAGUUAUCCCUGGGGGCCGAGUGCCUUGGGCAGUCGCAUCAACGCUCUGGAGUUGCGUGCAGCGACGGCUACAGUACGUUGGAGGACGAGGUCGGCAAGCUUUCGGUGUGUUCGCUUCUUGCACCUCGUGGAUUCGCAGGUGGUGGCAGCUAUCCUGAUACGAGGGCGCACUAUAUCACAUAAGAGGAGAAAACUCGCAAAGCAGUACUGCGCCACCCUGCUGGCCUCUGACCUGUGCCCGCUGAUCGGCUACGUAAACGCCAAGCUGAACCCUGCAGACCACCCUUCGCGUUCUACCUUGGCUAAGAAAGCCCCGUCGAAGUCGAUGCCCUGCGACUCCGUGGACCAGGUGCUCGCUGACUUCGUGGAGUGCUGCUGGGCGGAGCUAGAGCCGUGCUACGUUCCCGUGAACGCAGCUGCAGGACUUCAGUGGUUUCUUCCUUCACUCAAAGGAUCCUUGGACCAGUCCUGGAGUUUGAUCCGGGCGUGGGGGCGUCAGGUUCCACCGUCGAGAGCUACGCCAUUUACUGCUCAGUUGAGCCUUGCCCCUUUGCUGCGCUAG